AGAUAUAUCUUGUUUCUUUAUUUGGCUUGAGUAAUUUUAUUGGGAAGUAGAGCUGCCAAGAGAUUACUGUCACCGUGAUAAUGGCCAGAAAGCAUGCCAAAUGGCAGAUAGGAGGUUUUGCUGCAGGCGCCGUAGCAUGGUUCCUUUGUAUUGUCUCUAUGGUCCUCCCUCAAUGGCGAGUGUGGUUAUUUCAAGAUCCCAUGGAUUCCAAGCAUGGCAUGACCUUAGUAGGCAUGUGGAGAACCUGCAUUUACCACCAGGAAAGCAAUUCUACCUUUACCCGGGUGUGUUACAAAUACACCUACCAGGAUGACUUCAUCCCUCUGGAUAUUCGAGUUGCCCAACAUCUGCUACUCAUCGCAAGCUUUCUUGGCAUUAUUGCCACAAUCUCUGUCAUCGUUGCUCUUUGGAAAUUAAACUCAGGGAGACUCCGGAAGAAAGCUACCUUCAAUCCAUUCCGUCUUCCAGGAAUUCUGAACAUCAUUGCUAGCAGCUUUGUCUUUCUUUCCAUCUUGUACAAUUACUUAUCGAUCAUUCGCAAGGAUGGGAUUGCCUUCCCCCCAUCUUUCCACACACCCUCCUUCCCAGAUCAUCAAAAAAUUGGCGCUGCACUGGCAAUGGCAACUCUAUCCUGUUUCUUAUUUCUAGUAGGUGGAAUAAUUCCCCUUUCUUUCACUCUUCCCCCACGUUCCCGACUGCGCUAUACUAUUUAAAAGUAAAUGUGCAACUUAAAGACUUGAAAAUCUAAAAUUACCAGGAGUUAUCACAGGCAUUUUUCAGAUACCUACUUAAAAUUUCCAGAUUCAAAACCAUGUCCAAUGAUGACAAG